AUGGAAGAAGAAUUAAUGGGCUUCCAUCUUGAUGAAAAGGAAACGCUUUCGAGGUCCCGACGAUCUCCGGUUUACCACCUCAAAACGCUCUAUCUCUUCACAAAAAGCGACUGUAAGACAGUCGUACUUCCGCAAAUGCUCUUCGCGAUUUCCAGCAUUCUUACCAACGGCUUCCGGGACCUCGACACCCCGCCCACUCUCACUUUGGCCACCUUCAAGCCCCUGAUACACGCUGUGAUUUGGAUCUAUGCCAAUCUUCUUCUCGAGAAUCUCGCAAACCAACGUCUUCCGGGCUCCAUGAUUGAAGAUGCCGCCAACAAGCCCUGGCGACCCCUGCCAUCGGGCCGGAUAACGGCAGACCAAACCAGACAGAUCGCGCUCUAUCUCGUGCCAGCGCUCAUGGUCUUCGGGGCAUAUAGCGGCGCUUUUCGCGAGACGACGAGUUUCAUUUCGUUUGUGUGGAUGUACAAUGAUCUCGACGCUGCUGACACGAGCAUAUGGUGGCGGAACGUGGCAAAUGCCUUGGGUCUCAUGGCGUUUUCUGCGGGAGCCCUGGCGAUUACGGGCGGGACGGUUGAGUAUGGCCUGAAAAAUGCGGCAGUAGUAUGGAUAUUGACGACGGGUGCCGUUGUUCUCACGACAAUACAUGCCCAGGACUUGCCAGAUGUUGUUGGUGAUAGUGCGAGGGGGAGGAAGACGGUGCCGCUUGUCUACGGGGACGGAGUUGCGAGGUGGACUUUGGCGGCGGGGGCCAUGUUGUGGUCUGUAUUCCUUCCGAUGUUCUGGGGACUCGGUUGGGCUAGCUACGUGAUUGUUCUGGGACUUGGGUUGUCUAUGGUAUGUGGAACGCUCUGGAGAAGAACUAUGGAUGACGAUGAAAUUGUUUGGAAGCUUUGGUGUGUCUGGGCUGGGUUGAUGUAUCUGUUGCCUUCUUUGAAAGUCUUUGGAUUUUGA